AUGCCUGACCGGGACAGCUAUGCCAACGGCGCUGGCGGCAGCAGUGGAGGCCCUGGAGGCGGUGGCGGCGAGGAGGCCAGUGGGACAGGGGCAGGUGGCGGCGGGGCCAGCUCAGAUGCCAUCUGUAGAGACUUCCUGAGGAACGUGUGCAAGCGAGGGAAGCGCUGCCGCUAUCGCCACCCAGACAUGAGUGAGGUGUCCAACUUGGGGGUAAGCAAAAACGAGUUCAUCUUCUGCCAUGACUUCCAGAACAAGGAGUGUAGCCGCCCUAACUGCCGAUUCAUCCAUGGCUCCAAGGAGGACGAGGAUGGCUAUAAAAAGACAGGAGAGCUGCCCCCCAGGCUGAGGCAGAAAGUGGCAGCCGGCCUAGGCCUGUCACCAGCUGACCUCCCAAAUGGGAAGGAGGAGGUCCCCAUCUGCCGUGACUUUCUCAAGGGUGACUGCCAGAGAGGAGCCAAGUGCAAGUUCCGUCACCUGCAGCGGGAUUUUGAGUUUGAUGCUCGGGGUGGAGGCGGCACUGGUGGUGGGGGUUCAACAGGCCCCGUUCCCCCAGGACGACGUCAUGACCUCUAUGAUAUUUACGACCUCCCUGACAGGGGCUUUGAGGACCAUGAACCAGGCCCCAAGCGCCGGCGAGGCGGGUGCUGCCCCCCAGAUGGUCCCCAUUUUGAGUCCUAUGACUACAGCCUGGCUCCACCCCGAGGGGCGGAGUGCAGACUGCUAGAGGAGGAGAAUGCCAUGCUCAGGAAGCGGGUAGAGGAGCUCAAGAAGCAGGUCAGCAACCUGCUGGCGACCAACGAGGUACUGCUGGAGCAAAAUGCUCAGUUCCGCAACCAGGCCAAGGUCAUGACCCUGAGCUCCACUGCACCAGCAACUGAACAGACUCUGGCCCCCACCGUGGGCACUGUCGCCACUUUUAACCAUGGCAUUGCCCAGACUCACACUACUCUCAGCAGCCAGGCCCUGCAGCCUCGCCCCGUGUCCCAGCAAGAACUGGUGGCCCCUGCUGGAGCUCCGGCUGCUCCCCCGACUAAUGCUGCACCUCCUGCUGCUCCACCACCCCCACCCCCCCACUUGAACCCAGAGAUCACGCCACUGUCAGCUGCUCUGGCUCAAACAAUUGCCCAGGGAAUGGCACCCCCACCUGUCUCCAUGGCUCCUGUGGCUGUAUCUGUGGCUCCUGUGGCCCCUGUGGCCGUAUCGAUGGCCCAGCCCUUGGCAGGAAUCACAAUGAGCCACACCACCACCCCCAUGGUGACUUACCCCAUCGCUUCCCAGAGCAUGCGCAUCACAGCCAUGCCACACUGA